AUGCUGGAUUGGCUGAUGGCGGAAACGCAGCGGGCAGCGCUGCUGCUAUGCAGGUUGCGGGGCGGUGCGCGCAGGGGCUGCGCCCCGGUGCAUGGCGGUCAGGCGGCGGACUCGGCCCCGUCGGGUUUCCUCAGGCUUAAAACUGACUGUUCCACAAAUCUCUUGCUCUGGCUCCCAGCACUCUCUGAGAGCACGCUUGGUAAAGUGAAAUUCAUGUCUGAGGAGCAGUCGUCAGGGCAGGAUGGAGAGCUUGGGCCUGCAAGCAGUGACCCUUAGUGAUGGGACGACAGCCUACGUUCAGCAGGCUGUCAAAGGUGAAAAGCUGAUUGAAGGGCAAGUCAUUGAACUUGAAGAUGGGACCACGGCUUACAUCCAUCAGGUGACUGUUCAGAAAGAGUCUGUAGCUUUUGAAGAUGGACAGCCAGUGGUGUUGGAAGAUGGCAGUAUGGCGUACAUACACAACACACCUAAAGAGAGUUACAACUCCAGCACCUUCGAGGCGGUCCAGCUGGAGGACGGCUCCACUGCCUACAUACAUCGUCCUGUCAUUGUGCCACCUGGCAGCACCAUCCUGGCAGUGCAGGCAGAAUCUGGGCUAGAGGAGUUGGCUGGAGAGGAGGAAGAUGAUGCCUUUGAUGCUGAGACCAUUAAUGCAUUGAAGCAGUAUGCCAGCAAGGUAUCUGACGAGGAAGAGGAGGGAGUAACAGACACCUGCCAUAUGAAGAAUGAGGAUUCCAGUGACGUCCCUUCCCAGGAUUUGCAAGAAGAAGCGCACAGCAACGAGAAGGGGCAGCAGGUUGGCAGUAGAGCUUUCCGUUGUGGGUACAAAGGCUGUGGCCGUCUCUAUACCACAGCCCACCAUUUAAAGGUACAUGAACGUGCUCACACAGGUGAUCGGCCAUAUACAUGCGACUUCCCAAGCUGUGGGAAAGCAUUUGCUACAGGGUAUGGGCUCAAGAGCCAUGUGAGAACACACACUGGUGAAAAACCUUACAAGUGUCCAGAAGACAUGUGUAGCAAAGCCUUCAAAACUUCUGGGGAUCUACAGAAACACAUCCGGACACAUACAGGUGAGCGUCCCUUCAAGUGCCCGUUUGAGGGCUGCGGCCGCUCUUUUACCACAUCCAACAUCCGCAAGGUUCACAUCCGAACGCACACGGGCGAGCGGCCUUACAUGUGUCCGGAGCCCAACUGUGGAAGGGGCUUCACCAGUGCCACCAAUUACAAGAACCACAUGAGAAUCCACACAGGAGAGAAGCCGUACAUGUGCACUGUGCCGGGCUGUGGAAAGCGCUUCACGGAGUACUCCAGCCUCUACAAGCACCACGUGGUCCACACGCACUGCAAGCCGUACACCUGCAACAGCUGUGGGAAGACCUACCGCCAGACCUCCACGCUGGCCAUGCACAAGCGCAGCAGCCACGGCGAGCUGGAGGCCACGGAGGAGAGCGAACAGGCCCUCUACGAACAGCAGCAGCUGGAGGCUGCUGCUGCUGCUGAGAGAGGCUCCCCGCUGAAGAGCCAGCAUAUUACUUUCCUGUCAGAGAUGGAGGAAGAUGAGGAUGAAGAGGAAGAUGAUGAUGGUAUGCCUACGCAGGUCUCGCUUAUCUCUCAGGAUGGGACGCAGCAGGUCAGUCUAUCCCAGGAAGACCUGCAGGCCCUGGGCAGUGCAAUCGGCAUGGUGACGCAGAGCAGUGCCCUUGCAGUGCCUGAGGAAGAGCUCACAGGUGAUGGCUCACACACCAUGACUAUGAUCAACACUGAUGGCACUGAGAGCCAGCCGGUUACAGUAGUCACUUCUGGGGCAGUCAUGUCUGAGGAAUCAGCCAUCACAUCCCCCCGUCAUCAGCAGGUGGCAUUGCUGGCUACUGCCAAUGGCACCCACAUUGCAGUGCAGGUACCAUGCAGCACCCUGAGCAGGCCUGAGCACUGUUCCUGCCAUGUUCCCCUUCCUCCCCUCCCGUGCAUCCCUGUCCACCCACUCGCUUCAGCACGUACCUCUUGCUUUGCAGUAUCUGCUCUGUUCCGGGAUGCUUCCUCCUUAACUCCCAGAUGUCCUGGGCAUUGAGGAGGGCAGGGACAUGUAGGGAUAGGACUGUGGAACAGAGAGCUCGGGGAGGGCUCCUAGGGACCUGUGUGCUGCUGGGACAGAGCUGAAAGUGCAGGGAACAGCAGAGCAGGCACCAGCUCAGUGGUACCCCACAACACUUUCUUGAACAACUGACCCAGUUGUGUCACAUCGGCACCACGUAUGCGAUCCCGUCCUCAACCACCGGUGUUCUCAGCUGUCUGCCUUGCCUGCACGAGCAGCCCCUCGUAUUUGCACAAUGCUCAUUUGUAAGCAGCCUGUCCCCAUCGCCACAGUGUCUCCCUGUUUUGCCCCUGUGCUUCACACCUGUGUCACCCACUUCAGCUUCCUUGCACCUCUGUCCUGCUGCCCUGAGAGACACCAGGCCCACCGAGCCCACCUUUGGGGAGGGCAGCGUUAUCUCUGUCUUUCCUCCCUUAGUUGGAAGAGCAGCAGAGCCUGGAGGAAGCCAUAAGCAUGGCAGCAGCAGCGAUCCAGCGUGAACCCGUAACACUUGAUGCAGCCGUGUCUGAGAAUGGGUGCUGAGACCUGCAGAGCCUCCUGGGCAGGGAGAGCAGGCAGCCCGAGCCUGUUGUCCACGAGGCGUUGGGAUCUGCAGGAGCUGGGCCAGCUGGCGCGCAGAAGACAGAGACACGCGGUACAUGAACGAGGAAGGAGUCUGAGUCCAGCUGACUGCAUGCAGCGUAUACACCACGCGGGUGGUGAGAGCAGGUGCGGGCAGCGUUGGGCUACCGAAGUGACUCUGUGUGAAGGGCUCUUCUCUUGAUUGCAGGGAUGUCUGAGAAACUUGGCUGCUGCCUUCUGCUGGAGCUCUGCUGUUUUCCUGGGCUCAGAGCGGUGACUUUCCUGCUCCUUGCCUUGGAGACUGACUCCCUCUGUCUGAAGGAGAUGGCAGGUUGUGUCUUCUCUUAUUAACUUCUCCAUGGCCAAGACUUCCAAGACCUCCCAGUCUUCUGUGGUAGGCCUGGAGCUGCAGCGAUUUCAGCAGUCACUGAGUACGAAAUCUAUUCUGAAGAGGCACUUCCUGCCCUUUCCCUCUAGCGAUGGUCCCAACAGCUGCCUGCCCCUCUGUGUGAGGGGCAAGUGGGCAGUAUAUGCACAGAAGCAAUAAAGCCUGAAAAAGCGAAGCGUCAGCGCGAGCCCAGACUGUUCUGGGCUCAGUGUUUUGAGUGGCAGCCACUUCCUGCUGGAAGUCAGCGUUUCCCCUGGCACACGCUGAGCAAGCACCAGGCUGGCUGCACGCACGCCUGGGCACAGCAGCAGUUCUCUCUCUUUACCAUGGUCCUCUCAGCUCUCAACCAGCCUUCCUUGGCAGACUCACCACUGUGGAGUAGGGGAAAAUGCUCCCUCCGCAGUGGCCAACCAGCACUUCUUGGGGGCUGAGCUAGACUUGGAUGUAAAUGCUGA